UCCAAGGUGUCAGAAAGUAAAAGUCCUGCCAGGUGUUUCUUCUGCCCAUCAACUCAAUCAGCUGAUUUCACUCAUUAGUUCUGCCUCCUGGCUGGAGAAUUGUGCUAAUUAGUAGAUCCAGGUGAUUUGGACAAAAUAUUGGGAGGACGUUUACUUUCUGAACCUGGAAUUUUCUCCCCUUGUCAGUGCAGAAAUUCAGCAGGGUCAAAGGUCACCGAGUACAGGCUCCAGGGGGCAGUGCUCUCAGGUGCAGUUCUGCAGGCGGCCAUUUUGUCCUCUCCCUGAGUGUGCGUGUGCGUGUGUGUAAAAUGCCACACGUCUUCAUUUCAGAAAAUGAAGGGAGGUCAGCGCACGGUGUGACAGGUGACUCCUCCCCCAUCCCCAAAAUCAUCACCACGCCCAAUCAGGAGCCUGAUGACAGCCUGAGGGAGAGGGACUCUGAGCCCCCACACAGCGCCCCUGUACAGGAGACGCCCCAGACCAAGCCCACCCACAGCGUGGCCCCCCAGGCCCGAGACACCAGCCAGUCCAACGCCUCAGACAGCCUGCUGGACCUAUGGGAGACAGGCGCCACCCCUGGCCCCGCCCCCUCCCAGCUGGUGGACCUGACGGGCGACGCCCCUGAGCCCUGCGGCCCCCCCCUCCUCAGCUUCGACGAGCCCACCCCCGCUGGCACCGUGGAGAUGAGCUCCCAGCAUGCACUGCAGCAGGAGCCCGGGAGUCAGGAGGAGAGCCAGCUGCUCAUGACCAACGGAGAGGCGUUUCUGAAGGAGGGCACGCAGGCAAGUGAGGGCUACUUCAGCCAAUCACAGGAAGAGGAGUUCGCCCAAUCAGAAGACUGCUCUGCUAAAGUGAACCCAUCACCAGUGUUUUACAGCAAGCCCCCAGAGAUCGACAUCACCUGCUGGGACACGGACCCGGUGAUGGAGGACGAGGACUGAGGGCUCGGCUCCUCUUUACACUAAUAAUGUCAUAAUAAUUCUUGCAUUUAAAAGUAAAAAUAAAAGAGAGGUUAGCCACUGAGAGGAAUCGGGUUAUUGUUAAAGAUGCAGACAUAUGAAAGAGUUUUAGGGGUUUUAUUUUUCGGUUUUGACUAUGCAGAGAGUUUGAGGCUGAAGCCCUUCAUAGACAAUGUUGUUAUAAUGCUUCAUAGAGCAGUCAGAUGCUUCCUGUACCUCCCUUAAUAGACAAUGUCCUGCUAUAAUGCUUCAUAGAGCAUUCUAUACCCCCCUUCAUAGACCAUGUUCAGACAUAGGCUUCCUGUAUUGCCUGUCAUACACAAUGUUCUGUUAUAAUGCUUCAUAGAGCAGACAUAGCCUUCUUGUACCACUCGUCAUAGACAAUGUUGUCAUAAUGCUUCAUAGUACCCCAAAGGUACACAGUACAGUCAUUUUGUUUGGUUUGAAUAGAUCAGAUCUUUUUCUGCGAUGUACAGCUAUUCCAGGAUGCCAUGCUCCACAGAGGCGUCUUUCAUAGCUCCAGCCAGCCAAUCCCCUGUGGCCGACACAUCCCUCCUCUAUUCUUAGUGAAGGGACACGUAUGAAGGGGUUCCUGGUGUACUUUUGCCUUUGAUGUAGAGUUUGGCUUGAAGCCUUAAACCCUACUGCUGUUCAACAAA